AUGGCGGAGUUCUUCUUGAAGCGAAUGUUGUUCGCGAGGUUGCGAGCUACACGCACGGCCACUGGAGCUCAACCUGUCUCGCGAUAUCAGCCAGAGACUGAGCACGAGGCAUCCCACGAGAAUGAAACGGAAGACGCGACCACACCCGAGAACGAAGAUCCCGAAGACGAGGUUGACGCCGGUGCUGAGCCUGUGCCAGCGGCGGAAAAUGCUGGAGACGACGCGGAGACGCUACGAACUCCCUCUGCAGACCGCAAUCUCCGCGCGACAUGGGCUACCGGCAUCAACAACCUGUGGAGAUGCGCCGCGGACAAGGCUGCCGUUCUGGCCGCACAAGCUAAAGAUGCUAUACUUAAUGCUAUCGAGAAGGUCAAGCAGCUUGGCUUCAUUGGUACAGCGAAGGCGAUUGGCGAUUGGAUCAAGCUACACCCUUGGGAAUUUGUGCUGAUCGUGGUGCCUCUCGUUGCGGUUGCGAUUACUGCAUUAGCGCUCCUCAUCACAGGCUUUGGGCCAGGUGGAACCGUCGCAGGCAGCGCAGCCGCGGCCAUGCAUGCGGGCAUUGGCAGCGCUGUCGCGGGUUCGGUUUUCGCAACGUGCACCAGUGCGAUGAUGGGCGGAUACGGCGCAGCAAUCAUAUUCGGGGGUGUCUGGGCCGUAUCGACUGGAUUGGUGCUCUUGACCGCGGCAAUGCGAAAGCGUUGGAAGAGUCGCCAUGAACGCGCUCUGGUACCCCGAGAUCUGGCGACACCAAAGUCUGCAUCCGAGAUCGCGAAGCAAGCUGCGUCCGAUUCCGUCUUCUGGAGCAUCGUCGCCGUAGCCUACGCGGUGUAUCGAUUCAAGAGCUGGUAUCGAGGACGCGGAGAGGAAACCCAAGAGGAGCAUGAGUGA